UGACUGUCUUAUAAGGAAUUUACACCUUAUCAGUUGUAGAUAAACUGAUAAAGCAUACAAUUUCCCACGAAACGCACCACACCCAUCCAGUCUUGCCAGCGUCCGCAUUCCCAAAGGGCGCACGGGAUGACGGCUCAGCCCCCCAGCAGGUUCUCUCUCCAAAGGGCCUCGCAGGUGCUGGCUGACUCCGCCGACAGCAUCCAGCGCUUCCUCGACGGGACUUUCGACGUCCGGCUCUUCCUCAGUUACGUCCUGAAGGGCUUCUCCUUCCACAUCCUCGCCUCGUGGAGCUUCUCCUUGGCAGCACUCGUUGUUUUCUGCUGCGUCGUCUUCAGUAGGGGAGAGGCCCGAGCGAGAAGCAGCGCCGCCCGUGGAAAUGAAGCAAGAAAUGAACGGCCGCCGUCGUCCGCCAGCAGGUUCUCCCUUCAGUGGGUCUUGCACAUGCUAGGUGUUGCGAUAGACUCCGUCGAUACCGUCCUCCGUUUCCUCGACGAUCGCACGGGGACUUUUGACGUCUACCUCUUCCUCAGUUACAUCUUAAAGGGCUUCCUUUUUAACGUCCUCGCGUCGUGGAGUUACGUCGGAGCAGGACUCGUUCUCUUCUACCGCGUCUCCUCGAGAGAGCGCGAGGCCAAGUUAGACAAGAAGAUAGCCCUCGCGAGAACCGACGCCGCUACGUUCAAGGCCCUGUACGAGGAUACGGGAAUCGAGCUGCCUCCGUGGAUCACCUUUCCAGACACAGAGCGAGCAGAAUGGGUAAACGAGGUCAUCAAACAGCUGUGGCCAAGAAUCGGAGAAUAUGCCAAGGAUUAUUGCAAACAUAUUUUGCAACCAGACUUAGCGAGCAGAAUGAAACCUAUAAGCUUCGAAUUUAGCAAAAUACAUCUCGGCGACGUCGCCCUUAUGGUCACCGGUGUUAAGGUUCAUAAUAGGACCUCACGCCAUAGGAUUACGAUGGACGUGGGCAUAGUAUUUACUGGGAACAGUUCUUUUGAAGUACGCGUCGCAGGAAACGAAAGUGGCAUUAAAGAACUUAAAAUAUCCGGCCAAUUGCGCAUCAUGUUUGCGCCACUCCUGAGUCAUGUUCCAUUCGUGCGAGACUUCCAAGUAUACUUCCUCCGAAAACCUGAUUGUCAUUUCAAAUUCACCAAACGCGUGAAAUUCCUAAG